AUGUCAAACGAACGUCUCGACUUGCGAAAUGCUGACAUUUUCUUGCGUAGGGCGACCGAGUUGACCGUCCAGUCCGAGCGCGCUUUCCAGAAGCAGCCUCAUAUCUUCACCAACUCCAAGGUUAAGGCGAAGACCAGCCGCCCCGGCAAGGGUGGCCGCCGCUGGUACAAGGAUGUCGGUCUCGGUUUCCGUACCCCCAAGACCGCCAUUGAGGGCAGCUACAUUGACAAGAAGUGCCCCUUCACCGGUCUCGUCUCCAUCCGUGGCCGUAUCCUGACCGGCACCGUCGUCUCCACCAAGAUGCACCGCACCAUCAUCAUCCGCCGCGAGUACCUCCACUUUAUCCCCAAGUACGCCCGUUACGAGAAGCGCCACAAGAACCUCGCCGUCCACGUCUCCCCCGCUUUCCGUGUCGAGGAGGGUGACCAGGUCACGGUUGGCCAGUGCCGUCCCCUCAGCAAGACUUGUGGAAAUCAGGUCCGCUUCAACGUCCUACGUGUGCUACCCCGAACUGGAAAGGGUGUCAAGAAGUUCAGCAAGUUCUAA